AUGCCUAAGGAUCAAGGCCAAAACCAAAACCGAGGCCAAGAAGCUCCUGGCAACAGAGCUAGGACCCACGCUACACAAAAAGCCUCUCACAGCGACAUGGGCCCUUCUGAACUUUUGAGUGAACACAUGGACUCCGCUGGCAACCCAGUACCCGACGCAAGCUGGGGCCCUACGAGAAAACAACCUGACGAGGAUACCGACUUGUUUGAGGCUAUGAACGCAGAUACUUCAGAGUUUGAACAUUGA